AAGAAUUUCUCCUUCAUUAGUUAAUACAGAAGGAACUCUUCAAGAAGACCCACGAUGAAGUACCUCCUAACUUGCAUGACACUUCUCCUGCCUUACAGCUUUGCUCUCCCAAUAACUUCCUAUUAUUCAGAACCAAGUACUGAGCGCCUGAAGUUGGUGGAGGCUUACCUUGACAAGUUUUUUCCAUCAGCUCAUAAAACUUCCCACAGAAGUAUUGAAGAACGACUGAGAGAAAUGCAAAAGUACUUCCAUUUGAGAGUCACGGGGAAAAUGGAUGACGGAACAAUGGAGGUCAUGAAUAAACCUCGGUGUGGGUUACCAGAUGUCUCGGAAUUCCGGAAAGGUGCAGUAAGAUGGGGAAAAAAUGUACUGACUUACAGGAUUAAUAACUAUACCCCAGAUAUGGACCCCGCUAAAGUACGUGAGGUGAUCGCAAAAGCUUUCAAGGUAUGGAGUGACGUAACACCGUUGCAGUUCAGGAGCACAAGAAGACCUGCUGAUAUUGAAAUCUCAUUUGCACAUGGUGAACAUGGAGACUUCAACCCUUUUGAUGGAAGAGGAGGAGUUUUGGCACAUGCUUACUUUCCUGGAACAGGCAUUGGAGGAGAUGCUCAUUUUGAUGAAGGUGAACGUUGGUCAGAAUUCAACAGAGAUACCAACCUGUUCCUUGUUGCUGCACAUGAAUUUGGCCAUUCCUUGGGAUUAGAACAUUCAAACGUCCGUGGGGCCCUAAUGUUCCCUUCUUAUUCCUUCACAAACCCAAAUACUUACCGUCUUCCAUAUGAUGAUGUGCAACGGAUCCAAAGAUUAUAUGGAAAGGGAAAAUGAAGAAGAACCUUUGAAGAGUCUGAUUAUGUCACUGAGCAGCUAUGAUGUGUUUAUAUUUUGUUGCAGUAAUAUCUAUUUUAGAAGGCAGAAAACUUCAUUUUUCAGAAUAAAUCAAAAUGCAAAAUUCAAAUUAUUCUUUUCUCCGUGUGUCCUUUACUGAUGUAAUCAUACAGAGCCUUAUAGGGGACAGCUAUAGAUUUGCUUAACUUGAUAGCAUACAACACAAGUAUAUAGUGAAAAGACCAAGGCAGAGACAUCUCCAGCUCAUCCCCUGUUUAGGUAUCAGCCAGCACAUCAACGAUUUAAAUCAAGAAAUAGUUUUCUAAGAUCUACAGAGACACUCGCUGGAACACCCCAGCAAGCGAGAGUCCAAAAGUG